AUGUCGCUUCCUACUCUCAAUCAUGUUUUCACCAUGGCCAUUACUCCAAAGGAGCCGGUCGACACUGGUGAAACUCCAAGAGGAAAGGCCAACUGGUUCGAGAUCUCGGACGGCAUUAUCACAGCAGCAGAUGGCCAACACAUCGCCGAUGUCCUCUCCGGAGGAGGAGACUAUCUCACGCGAUAUGUCGAUGAGAACGUCGCAGAGGUGGACAUGCGACUCAUUGCUAAAGACUCGGAUGACCAACUUAUGCGCAUCACCGUGUCGGGAUACGACUACCUCGACCGAGCAACUAUGCUGGCCUUGGAUGGCAGAGCUGGCGAAGACCCAGGAGCCAACAACUCGGGAGUCACUGAGCCUUACGGCUUUGAAGUUUUAAAGUUCAAUACGGCGAGUCCAAAGUACAAAUGGCUAAAUUUUGCUGUCCUUCUUGCGCGUGUCAAGUUUGUCGUCGGUAGCGCGGGUAUUGAGAGUGUUGUGUACACUACCUAUCAGGUGUCCAACUGA